AUGGGACUUCGCACACCUGUGUCCUCUGCACAAAGUGCCUUUUACAUUAUUCUGGUGGCUCUGGGAAUUGUGGGUAACGCUAUCGAUAUUGGAGUCAUUGGAAAGAGUGUGAUGAUGGACCAAGGCAGGGGACAUAACUCGGACAUAAUCAUCAUUAAUUUGGCAUUGUCCAACCUUAUGGUAUCGCUCCUGAGGAACGUGUUACUUAUUAUUUCUGACCUGGGCUUCAAGCUGUACUCAUCCAAAGGGUGGUGUCGGUUCUUGAUGGGAGUCUGGGUCUGGUUGCGGUCGGUGAACGUGUGGUCAACGUUCUUCCUCAGUGCAUUCCACUUCCACACUCUGAGGCGUGUGGCUCCGACUAUUGGAAAUCUACAGGGGCCGUGGAGCACCUAUAGGACCCUCCUGCUGACCCUGGGCAUCAUCUGGAUUUUCAACCUUUUUUACUCCAUUCCUGCCUAUAUCUUCAGCACUAAUGGUGAUGAAAACACCACAGAGACAUUGAUGUUGGUGAGCACCACAACACGCCCCCUGCUGGGCUGUGUAUGGAACUUUCCAUCAAACUACUCCGGCCUGGCCUUUGCCACCACAUCCAUGGUGAUCCAUGAAAUAUUCCCUAUCAUCUUGAUGGUGGUCACCAACAUGACCUCUCUCUACACACUCUUCAACCACGGCCGGUCACGGAGCUCUGCUCAAGACACACCUGUUAUAAAGCGUGUGCCAGCAGAAAGGCGAGCUGCCAAGGUGAUUCUAGCUCUUGUUAUGCUCUUUACUACAUCUUGGGGAACCAGCAUCAUCUCUGUCAACUAUUUUAACUACAACCGGGGCUCCUCGGCUGAGUUUCUUCUGGUCAUCACUCGCUUUGCAAACAUUAUCUUCAUCGUCAUGUCACCUGUUGUCCUGGCAAUCGGCCACCGUCGGCUUCGUUCUUGCAUGAAGUCUUCUGUCUCUGGCUGAAAGUCUCUUGGUGAAGAGC